CUCUUUGUUUGGGAGUUGGGGGAAUUGACGAUUGACGAAAUCCUUUUUUGAUAGACAAUUCAGCUGAUUCUCAGAAUUUUUAUUUCAGAUUCAUUUUUGGCAUGAAUUAUAAAUAACUAAAACGAAUAUGCUUUCGUAGUUAUUCUCAUUCACAUAUACGAAACACUAACAAAGAUCUCAGGAUCACAGAAACAAGCUGCUUUGUAUGUCUACAGUAGUAAAAGUGAAAGAAAAUGUUGAUGUUCCAUUUCAUCUUGAAUCAAACAAUAACCAACAGUUGAAUAGUACAAAUAACAAUAUCGCCAUGAAGAAUCAUAGCAAUGGGAACAAUGCUCUUUCUUUUUUAAGUCAUGUUAAGUACCAACAUCUUUUAGCAGGAAUAUCUGGUGGAGCUAUUUCCACCCUUAUAUUGCACCCUUUGGAUUUAAUGAAAAUACGUUUUGCUGUUAGCGAUGGAAGAACAACUGUUCCUCAAUAUAAUAGUUUAUCAAGUGCUUUUUAUACUGUGUUACGUCAGGAAGGUGUUAAAGGAUUAUAUAGAGGAGUUGCACCCAAUGUCUGGGGAUCUGGUAGCGCAUGGGGCUUUUAUUUCCUCUUCUAUAAUUCAAUAAAAAAUUGGAUACAAAAGGGAGAUAGCCAGUAUCCUUUGGGUCCUACGUUACAUAUGUUAGCUGCUGCAGAAGCUGGUAUAUUAACAUUAUUAGUAACAAACCCGAUCUGGGUGGUGAAAACAAGGCUGUGUUUGCAAUAUGGAAUAAAUGGUGCAUCCAGAGAUAGCAGUACAUUCUACAAUGGCAUGGGAGAUGCUUUAGUAAAAAUAUAUCGAAUGGAAGGGCUGCGUGGUUUAUAUAGGGGAUUUGUUCCUGGCAUGUUUGGAGUUGUGCACGGUGCUAUUCAAUUCAUGACUUACGAAGAAAUGAAGGCUUCUUACAAUACUUAUAGGAAAUUACCUCAUGACAAUAAACUUGCUACUGGAGAAUAUAUUGGAUUUGCAGCAAUAAGUAAACUUAUAGCAGCCGCAUCUACAUAUCCAUAUCAAGUACUAAGGACAAGGUUACAAGACCAACAUCACCAUUACAAGGGAACAUGGGAUUGUGUGAAGAAAACGUGGGCUUAUGAAGGCACUCGGGGCUUUUAUAAAGGCUUAGCACCUUAUUUAUUGCAUGUUACACCUAAUAUCUGUCUAGUCAUGCUUAUUUAUGAAAAAUUCACAAAUUAGACAAUUUUCAUUUAAGCUGAAAAUCAACAGAAAAUGUAAAAUAGUUCAAGAUGGAUUCAGAGUUCAGUAUCAGUAAGAUCUAACACAUUGUAUAUGAAUGGGUAUCUGAUUUCUUUUAAAACAACAUACGGUUAUUAAGAUAAUUAUUUUAAAAUACACAUGAAGCCCUAAGAAGACUGAUAGUUCUAUACAAAAAUAUUAAUUGAUUUAUUACACAGAUCAGUUGAUUUUUAAAUCUUAUCUUUUUAUAUGUUUUAUCUUACGUAUAUAGAACUCUGCAUUUUAAUAUGUUCAAAAUUUAUUCUACUUGUUACACAAAUUUUUAAUUUUUCAUAGAGUCCACUGAGAUUGCGUCUUUUUCUGUUGAUACACUAGGAAUAUAAUAGGAUUUUCUGUUAUACAUGCUUUUCAGUAACAAUUAGGUCUAUUAAAUUGAGGAAUCUCUGCUACCGAAAAGUUAUCUGAAUUCACUGAAAAUCCUACAAGUAUACUAAAUUAAUUUUAAUAAACAUGUAUCUUUAGUUACCAUAAGUUAAAUGCUAUUUUUUCGAAUUCAGUUUUUGUGGCGUUUUUAAAAAAAAUAAUAGAUAGUUGAAACUCCUCUCUAGAGUCGCGUUGUUAAAGAAUUUAUUUAUUUAACGAUAAGAUAUUUAUGAACGGAAGGAAUUACUUAAUAAAAGUUCAGCUAUAAACUUCUUUGAUUCCAUUAAAGAAUAAUGAGUGAUUUAGGUUUAACAUAUCAAAAGUAAUAUGCUUGUUCAGAUGUUGUAAAGUAAUAAGUUUGUAAAUUAUUUUUUUAUGGUGGGACUACCAUGGGACUAUAUUGAACGAGCAGGAAUCAUUUUGUGUUUUUAUCAUGUACCAGAUUAAUAAAAGAAAAGCCUGAUUUUUA